AUGGCCAACAUGAAACAAUACAAUGGAGAACAAGGUUGUUCAGUGUGUGAAGAUAAAGGAAAGACAGUCGGCAUUGGUGGAUUACAUAGAGUUUGGCCUUAUACCACUGAUAUGGUGCUCCGAACUCAUAAGGCUGUGGUUGAAUCAGUCCGCAGAGUUAUUCAGACUGGAAAACCGGUCAAUGGAAUAAAAGGUGCUUCUGUGUUCUUGCUGUUUAAGCCUUUCGACCUUGUGAAGGGAUUUGUGAUUGACUGGAUGCAUUCAGUUUGCCUUGGGGUUACCAAGUCAUUAACAAAUCUGUGGUUGAAUGCAGAAAACAGAAAAGAGGAAUUCUUCCUUGGUUCAAAGAUUGCCCUGUUAAAUAAAAGAUUGCUCUCCAUCAAAGUUCCUGAUAUUAUAACUCGUUGUCCAAGAAGUCUUGCAGAACGUGGUACAUGGAAAGCUACAGAAUACAGGAAUUGGCUUCUCCACUACUCUGUACCAGUCUUGAAAGGUGUCCUUCCAGACCAUUACUUCCUUCAUUACACUAUGUUGGUUACAGCUUUAGCAAUUCUUAAAAUUUCUGUAAAUUGA